UUUAACCAUAAAUUUCACUGGAUAGCAGGCGUGAAGGUAAGGCUACAGUGUUCUAUAUACACCUAAUAGUUUUUUCCGCCUACGCUAGACCAAAGAGAGCGAAAGACUGCCGCCAUCACUGAAGUGCGGAUUAGUUUUGAAAUGUCGAACGCGCAAAAAGUUACCGACGGCCAGGAGGCAUCACCAGUUAUCUCCAUCGACGCGGAGCGCCACCUCUCUGGCGAAAAUGAAGAAAUUAAGCUUCUCAACGACGCCGCUCAGUCCUUACCGGCUGACGCCGUAACGGACUUGCUGUCCAAUGAGGUGUGUAUGAGAUGUAUUUUUCGGCUAUUUGGAAUACUCUUGCCUGCUUAUUCAUCAAAUUCACUACGAACAGUCUUGUGUAAUAUUCUUGGAGUAUUAGCUGAAUCAGAAAAAUCUACCGUGCACGUUGAGCCAAAAUUCUGCCGAAUUUGUUUAGGCAUCCUGCAGUUCACUCAUUGCGAUAUCAAAGCAAUGUUUGUGAAAAUGGAGAAUGCUAAAGAUUUGGCUGUAACAAUUUCUGACUUAGUAAAGAAGGAAGGUUAUCAGAUUGAUAGCUUUUCUCUUGAGGUGUCCAUACCUCCGGUUAUUUUGGAGAAUGAGAACAGGGUCUGGUUAUAUAUGAAGAAGAAGUAUGGAUCUGAACUUUGGUUCCAAGAAAGGUCAUUAUCUGAGCACAUUUCUGUAAAGGAUGCCUUAAAAUUUGCUUUAUCAGAUCCUCUUCAAACAUUUUUGGAUGUUAAAUGCUGUCAAAGCUCUUUCCGAAUCCGUUUGACGUACAUUCAUGCAAAAGCAUCAAAAACGGUUCAGAGUUCUGUUGAGAAAAAUGAGGGCUGCAAAAGAAGGAAAACAGGUACUAAGAAUGGCUUUGACUAUGUCAAACAUGAGUCAGUGGUUGAUGGUGUCGAAAGUUCUGUUUGUACUACUAUUGAAGCAAAUGCAGCCUCUGAAAGAUCUUCUAAUGGCUUGCAAGAUAAUGAAUCUUUUAACAUGUGUGAUUUCCUGCCAGAAAUGGUCAAGGAACCUUGCUGCUUGGAGUGUCUUUGCAGCAGGACUCCUAUCUUCUUUGGUGGAAGAUACCUAAAGUACUCAAGAAAUGUGAGUCAAACACGCUGGAUCAUUGAUGAGGAAAGAAUGGGAGAAGCAUCUAUUGAGGAGAUAAUAGGUGGUAGCAUUCUUCCAAUGUGUCAGGGUGACAAUUACAAGUUUCAUGCAGCUGGUAGAGAAGAUAUAGAUGUUCGAAUGUUAGGAUCAGGUAGGCCUUUCCUGGUUGAGGUACAAAAUGCACGCCAAGUCCCAUCUGAGUUGUUAGUGAAAGAAAUAGAAGAGAAGAUAAAUAACAUGGAAAAUAAAUUAGUGAAGGUAAAAAAUCUUAAAGUGGUAGGCAGUCAGGGUUGGGACCUGAUGCAUGAAGGUGAAGCAGAAAAGCAGAAGCAAUAUGCUGCAUUAGUUUGGAUAUCCCACCCUCUUCAGGAUGAAGACUUGCAGACUGUAUCUUCUCUCAAGGAGAUGCAAAUUUUGCAGAGGACCCCAAUAAGAGUGCUACACCGUCGCAGUCCAUUAGAACGCGAAAAGAUUAUACAUUGGAUGAAAAUUGAGAAGAUUGCUGGAAGUUCUCAGUAUUUUCUUUUGCAUCUUUGUACCCAGGCUGGAACAUAUAUUAAGGAAUUUGUUCAUGGAGAUCUUGGGCGCACCACUCCGAGCAUUGGAUCAAUUUUGGGAUGCAGAGCAGAGAUUCUGCAACUUGAUGUUACAGAAGUGAAAAUGGAUUGUUUCCUGCCUGAAUGAAGUGAACAUGGACCCUAAAAUCAGUAAGAGGUUCUUAUCCUUCUCAUGACGCUAUAGGGAUAAUUUAUAUAUCAGAAAAGGGAUAAUUUUAAGUUAUCGUCUGCCUCUUCUGCUGUGACCUAUUUUUGUCGUACUUUAGGCUAGGUUUAUUUUUUGGUUGGAAGCAAUAAUACACUUGGAUGGCUUUUGUUCAAGUUAAUACCUGAUAUUAUUUAGGACA